UGACCACUAAGUUUUUCCACAUCCUGUUGGAAAAAGUUAGUCGUUACACGCAUAGGCUACACCAUAGAUAUUUAUGGGCUACACGGCGGCGGUUUACUGAUUCAUAAAAUAACUUUUGCAGUUCAUUGAUCACAGACGUGUCUCACUGAGGAGUGUGUGUUGUCAUCAUGUCCUCUCAGUCUAACCCCACAUGUUUCAGCGGACUGUUUGUGUGUGUGCUCGCCCUCCUGUUCGUGGCCGUUUCGGGGGAGAAAGUAUCAGAGAGUCGCACCGGGAUGAUCCAGGAGCUCCGGGCAGCCCUGGCUGACCUGGCCGGCGAGGGAAGGACCUACCUGGGCAGACUGGCCGGGGAGCAGACGGUGCUGUCGGUACAGAAGGCUUUCUCUCAGGUUCUGAGUGUUGUUGCAGGGAGUUUUGCCAGUGGUCUUAACGUGCUCCUACAGUAUGUCUCACAUUUCCUGCAGGCAUCUGGAAUUCAAGUCGCCUUCCCUGUCAACAAAGUGACUCCAGAGGGGCUGAUCUUUUUUGCUCAGUGGUUUCUCGUGGCUCUCCUUAGCUACUGGCUGGUCUCCCUUGCCUUCUGUUUAGUUGCCUCCACUCUGAGGCGGGCCCUUUGGCUACUGAAACUGGGUGUGGCCUUGGCCUGUUUUGGACUCAUCCUGAGAGACCACAGCGUGGGCACAGAGACCAUGGCCAUCCGAUUGGCUGUCCUUGUGUGCGUCUGCGUCCUAUUGGGCGUCGGGACCUCGAAGGGCCCAGAUGCGUCUGAUAAAACUGCUCACCUGGAGGAGCAGGUGAAGAUCCUGGAGACGCGACUGCGAGAGAUGGAGAGGUGGACAAAGUUAGACUGAGCUACGCAUGAUGAAGCACUGUGGAACUUCAAGAGACAAACCUUUUUACACUUCACAUGUUUUCUUUGUGUUCAAAAAUAAAUGCAUUUCUCAUGA